AUGGAUGAUCCAACAAUACCGCCUGAAAAAAUACCACCAACUGUAACAUCGCUCCAAGACCUUACGAUUAUCGAAGCCUGGGACACAGAAGCAAACAAGCCUAAAUAUAAGAAAAGGGAAUUGAGUUUUGCAGAGUUCACUGCAGCCCUGCAACAUGUCAAAGACGAAGAGAUCUACCCUGACGUCCCGAAGGAUACACUUACGAUGGAAAAAGUAUCCCAAACGCCACAUCCCAAUAUUGUUGGCUACCAUGGCUGUCGUGUCAGGCGUGGACGUAUCACGUCAAUAAUACUUGAAAAUAUGGAUCAAACACUACAGCAAUACUCAAUAGCCUACAUCCACUCACUGGAUCUGGCUCACAACGAUAUCAACCCGCACAACAUCAUGGUCAGGGAUGGAAUGCCGGUCCGGAUUGACUUUGGGUCAUGCCAACCUAUGGGACAACGGCUUCAGUCACUGGGAACUGAAGGUUGGUACGAGGAACUGUUCUUUACUUCUGAGAAGAAACAUGAUACAUAUUCAUUGAACAAACUUAGAGAGUGGAUUCAUAAUCCGGAAUAA